AUGCCGGAGCUGAUGCGUGUGGCCGGUGGUAGCCCUACCUUGGUUGGAGAUGACGAGUUCCAGCAGCCAAGUCAUGGAGCUGUCAAUGUUGCUCCACAUGGCCUCUGCUCCCAGUCCAGCUACUAUGAUCACACCCGAUCUGCUAAAAUAGCCGCUGAUGGGGACAAAUCUUCAAAUUAUUAUGAUAGAAGCUGCAUCCAAACAGGAAAUGAUUUUGGUCCUUGGUGGCGUGUGGACCUACUAAGCAAAAGGCAAGUCUUUUCUGUUGCCAUCACCAACCGCGGAGACUGCUGUGGUAGCAACUUGAAUGGAGCUGAGAUCCUUAUCGGAGACUCUGAAGAGCGAGGUGGUAUAAAGAACCCCAGGUGUGCUCAAAUUGUCUCCAUCCCCAAUGGACAGACCUUUAUCUACGACUGUGAUGGGAUGGAAGGACGUUUUGUCACUAUUGUUAUACCCCAAAAAAAUGAAUAUAUGAAUUUUUGUGAAGUUCAAGUGUUUGCUGAGCAAGUUGAAGAGCGAAGAGAAGAAAUGUUUCAGAAUGUAGCCCUGAAUGGCGCGGCCUCCCAGUCCAGCACCUUUUCUUCUUCUGGAGAAGCUGGUAAUGCCAAUGACGGUUCCCUGGCCAAUAAUCACAUCGUGGGGCAAUGUUCAAUUACCCAAAGAGAGGCGUCGCCUUGGUGGACGGUGGACCUGGAGUCACCCUACCAGAUCUUCUCUGUAGUCAUCACCAAUCGGGUGCUGGAAUGUUGCAAAGAGAGAAUUAUUGGAGCAGAAAUUCGUAUUGGGAGCUCUGAAGAAAAUGGAGGAGUGUUCAAUCCAAGGUGUGGGGUGAUUACUUCCAUGGAAUCCGGAGAGUCCGUCUUCUUCUCCUGUAAAGGAAUGGUUGGCCGUUAUGUGACGGUGACGAUCCCGGGGCGGACCGAACAUCUCAUCCUCUGUGAAGUUCAGGUCUUUGGACUGCCUGAAACAUCUAACGGAAAACUAAUCAGUAUGGAUGCAAACCUACCAGAAGUUCCCAAUGGAGCACCUAAUGUGGCCUUAAAAGGAGCGUCAUCCCAGUCCAGCCUCUACAACAAUUUUGGGGAUUCCCAGAACUCCAUUGAUGGGUCUCUUUCUAGUGACUAUUCCAGGAUUCAGUGCAGUCAAACUUCAUGGGAAUUACGUCCUUGGUGGACAGUAGAUCUGAAGGAGGUCCAUGCGGUCUUCUCUGUGGCUGUAACCAACCGGGAGGAUUGUUGUUGGGAGCGGAUCAACGAGGCCGAGAUCAGGAUAGGAGACUCCAGGGAAUGGGUAAACAAUCCCAGGUGUGCAGUCAUCUAUUCGUUGCGCCCUGGGGAGACCGCCAUGUUCAACUGUAAAGGAAUGAAGGGGAAAUAUGUGACAGUAAUCAUACCGGACCGGGAAGAGAAGCUUUCACUCUGCGAAGUCCAAGUGUUUGGUCUGCCUGUACCCUCCAAUGUAAAUCCGCCGUCGGAUAUAAAUGAGAAGGUUGUGACGGGAGAAGGUCUUAGUGGAAAAUCACUGAUGUUUCUGGAAGAAGGUGUUCAGGAUUACGCAAUCCUACACCCAAGUGUGCCAAUAGACGUAACUGAAUUCACCCUUUGUCUCCGCGUCUCCACCGAGUUGUCCGUCCGUCGGGAGAUCGCCUUAUUCUCCUAUCACAACGACCGAGAUGAGUUAAACGUUUGGAGAGAAGUAGGCGGUCGGCUUUCCCUGUAUCUCGGCAGCAGUGAACUUGCGGCAAAAUUCGCUUUGCGCGCCUUCAGCACCUUUGGGACACACAUCUGCGUCACCUGGGAGUCUUCAUCGGGCUUGACGACCUUUUGGUUUAACGGCAAGAGCUCUGCAAGUAAAAUUUACCGGAAAGGUCAUCGGGUUCUUCCGGGUGGAAGGGUGAUCCUGGGCCAAGAUCAGGACAAAUUUGGAUCCGGUUUUAAUGCCAAGCAAAGUUUUGUGGGUGAAAUGUCGGAUGUCCAUCUGUGGAAUUAUGUUUUACCUCCCCGAGCCAUCAAAGAGGUCUGUGAAGGAAAGUCAAAGUCUUUGGGGAACAUCAUUAACUGGAACUCUAUUAAGUACACUUUACAUGGUAACGUCGUCGUAAACUAAGAGAAAAUGUAUCUCUGAAAUCCCCGGGUUCAUGUCCUUGCUGUCCGUCAUAAUCGCAGACGUGUCAGGAUUUAGACUAUCCGAGUCGUCUUUUGUAUUAGGCAUUUCAGUUUGUUCAUUCACACAGGUGGUGAGGGAAGUAAUAUUACGCUUUGUUUUGUGAUUGUUGAAUAUGAACCCGAAUCAUACCGAUACUAAAUACAAUCAAAUG